GUGUAUUCUUAAGUAUCGGAGUACUGCUUCUACUGUUUGGGAGCUAUUUAUUGUACAAAACAUUCAAGAAGAGAAGGGAAAAACGGCAGAAACAGAUGUUUUUUAAGAGAAAUGGCGGCCUCUUACUACAACAGCAGCUAUCAUCCAAUGAAGGGAUUAUUAACAAAGCAUAACUUUUCACUGCUAAAGAGUUGGAGAAGGCAACAGACCACUUCAAUGAAAAUCACAUACUUGGUCGUGGAGGUCAAGGUACGGUAUAUAAGGGCAUGUUACCUGAUGGAAAGAUAGUAGCAGUGAAAAAGUCCAAGCUAGUAGACGAAAACCAGCUGGAUCAGUUUAUCAACGAAGUGGUUAUUCUUUCACAAAUCAAUCACAGGAAUGUGGUGAAGCUACUCGGCUGUUGUUUGGAAACAGAAGUUCCUCUACUUGUAUAUGAGUUUAUAAUCAAUGGCACACUGUACAGUCUCAUACACAACGAGAACAAGGAGUUUCCCUUUCCAUGGAGCACUCGUUUAAGAAUAGCCACAGAGGUCGCUGGAGCAUUGGCUUAUCUACAUGCGACUUCUGUUCCAAUCUAUCAUAGGGACAUCAAAUCGAGCAAUAUACUUUUAGAUGAAAAAUACUGUGCCAAGGUCUCAGAUUUUGGUACUUCAAGGUCCAUUGCAAUUGAUCAAACUCACCUAACAACCGGAGUCCAAGGGACAUUUGGCUAUUUAGAUCCUGAGUAUUUCCAAUCCAGCCAAUAUACAGAAAAAAGUGAUGUAUAUAGCUUCGGAGUUGUUCUUGCUGAACUCUUAACAGGAAAGAAAGCCAUUUCAACCACAACAAACGAAGACAGAAGUUUAGCGACAAACUUCCUUUUGGCAACAGAUAGUAAUCGCCUCGAUACAUUUAUCCAUACAAAAAUUUUACAAGAAGGCAGAAAGGAGGAUAUAAUGGCGGCUGCUAAUAUAGCAUAUCGUUGCUUGAACUUGAAUGGUAAGAAAAGGCCGACUAUGAAGGAAGUAACGACAGCAUUGGAAGCCAUCAGACCACAAGUGCCAUCAGCAGCAUUAACAAAUGUUCAACUGGAUAAGGGUGAUACAGCAGAAAGAAGUGUGAUAUCUGAAGUUAACUACACAUGGACCAACACAGAUAGUACCUCAUCUGAUGAUAUCCAUCCACUGUUGUUCGAAACUAGCUAGGCUUUUGGACAUGCCAUUCGGAGUCAUGAUCUCAGUAUAACUAAUAGAAAUAUUACCAUUGCAAAUAUUAUUAAUACACCAUAUUGUGUACUAUUCUUAUACAUCCUAUAUUUGACGUUUGCUAUAACACACUCUUUACCACCAAA